AUGCGCACCGCGCCCCACGAGUUCUACGGCGGCGCGAUGGUGGCCACGCCCAGCGUGGACCUCGACGUCGACGAUGGCGGCUCGUCCCCCACUUAUUUCACCGCGCGGCUAUCACGAGCGGCGGGUUCCGCAGCCAGCGCCGUGGCGGGCCUGCCGGAGACGAUGGUGACCACGGGGGGCGACGGCGAGGAGACCUGCUGCGCGGUGUGCCGGGAGGGGUACGAGGCCGGCGACGCACUGAGGACGAUGCCGUGCGCGCCCGCGUUCCACGGGGAGUGCAUCGUGGAGUGGCUCUCGGUCAGCAGCUUCGGCCCGCUCUGCCGCUUCAAGCAGCCUACCCAGGAGGAGGAGGACGCCGCCGCCCAACACCAACAGCCGGCAAGCCAGCUGGGAUAG